CUUUUCGCGAGAAGGAGAAUAGGCGGUGUAAGAUGGCAGCCUGGAGGUGUUAUGUAUCCGCUUGGCAGAAUCUGACAAAAAGCGAACCAAUCCUUUGGAGAAUAUGGGUUAGGCAGAGGUUCACAAGGUCUCGAAUUCCAGAAUCAGUAUUUCAACCACGACCUGGUGAUCAUGAAAAAUAUGGUGGUAAUCCAGAAGAGCCUCAUAAACUACAUCUUAUCACAAGGAUCAGAAGUGGAAGAAGGCGUCCUUAUUGGGAGAAAGAAUUGCUUGAAGAGCUUGGAUUAAUAAAAAGAUUUGAUCCAGUGGUGCUUAAAAACAUCCCUUCCGUGAAUGCAAAACUGAAAGUCAUUAAACACCUAAUAAGAAUAAAACCAUUAAAACUGCCUUAUGGAAUUCCAACUGAAGAUGAAAUACCUGAUACCUAUCUUAACAAGGUCACAGGUGAACUGAUAGUUUGUCGCCAUCUAAAAGAAGUGGAAAAGAACACAUCUGAUUCUUCAUAAUAAUGUAUUAAUGCUUCAUAUAAUAAAUGUAAUAUUGAGAA